UGGGUUGGAUCGUUUUAUCGGGUCUAACCCGACCGACCCAACCCGUCUUCACCACUGCUGUCCGGGUAGACACCAAUUAGGGUUCUUCACUCCUUUCCUAAUUCAGUGUAACUAGAAAUCACCUACUACUACUAUCCAUUCAUUUCUGUAUUGUCUGAGUCUUCAUCAGUCUCUCAAUGGAUGGUCCUAUGAAGCAGAAAUCAAAAAUCACAAGCGAAGAUGAAGAGCAAGAAGACAGAAUCAGCAGAUUGCCAGACGAUCUAAUCCAUCAAAUCCUCAAGUUUGUAGACACCAAAUUGGGUGUUCAAACCAGCGCUAUCUCGAAAAGAUGGAAGCUCGUGUGGACUACUCUCCCAUUCCUCAAAUUCAGAUGGGAUCAAUCUCGAUACGAUGGAAGCUCGUGUUCGUCUAAAAGCACAACAAAUCUGGCCCGUCAUGUUUUGAAGCACCGCAACCAUCAAGCCCAGAUAUCGUAUUUGGAGCUGGCGUUCCUGCCUUCAGGUUUAUUCGCAAAGUUUGUUAGUUAUGCUAUUGCUCACAGUGUGCAACACUUGAAUGUUCAUUUUCGAGAAAAGCAUAAGCCUUACAAGUUAUCUAACUUUAAUUGUGAUUGUAUUGAGAAACUCGAGAUGAGAAUGGAACUUGAUGAUUCUCUGCGGGAAUCGGAUUGUUGGGAUUUACCGGCUUUAGCAAGUCUACGCCUGAGAGGGUACUUGGUUUCGGGUCGGCUAGAUAAGUUACCGGAAAUGUGUGUGACCUGCUUGCCUGCGCUACGAUCCUUGAAUCUUGAAGAAUGGAAUUUGGAGCGUUUUUCUUUCAGUUUGCCUAAUUUAACAAAUUUCCGGCUAUGGUGCUGCCGUUUGCCCCAAACAAUUUGGGAUUUCCCAGUUUUAAAAAGUCUAGAGUUAUGUAGUGUGGAAUUUCCCGAGAAUAUGAGUGACAUAUUUGCUGCACUUGUCAGUCUACAGAAUCUCACAAUAUAUUUCUACGGGUCGCAUGCAUUGUCUGCAAAAGAUUGUUUCAUAAAUUGUCCUCAAUUAAUCAACCUCCAGAUUAUAACCAGCUACAGUGAUCGUGGUAAGGCCAACAUUGUGGUUGCGGCACCAAAAAUUCGCAAUUUCACAUCGGUUGGUAUAUUUACAAUCACAUUCGGAGCUUCUAAGUUGGAUACUGUGAAUAUAAAGUUAAAGGAUUGGAUAAAUUCCGGUAGCUAUAAGUGGUUGCACCAGAAGGAGUUGAAACAGGAUUAUCAACGGUUUAAAUUCAUGCUACCAGGACUUGCCACUGCCAAGAUUCUUAAACUUGACUUGGAAACCAUAGAGGCACUUUCAUUGAUAUCCGACUUUCUUGGAAGUUCAUCUCCAUUCUAUAACUUGAAGUAUGUGAAACUUCCACAUGGAUGUAAAGAGUCAAGUAUAUCUACUUCUCUAAGAAAGUACUUACUCGGUGCCUCCCCAACAGCCACUAUAGUCACAACAUUUCCCCAGAACCAUGUGAUUCCUUAUACAGCGACAACUUCUCUGACAACCCAGUAUGUAGUACGAGAAGAGCCCUUGGCUGCUGUAACCAGGGUAUUGACUGAUGUUGAAAGAACAUAUAAAAAAAUGCGCAAUGAAACUAUGGACAUGGGGGUGCAGGAAAAGCAUGUUUUACAUGCUGACAAGGUUAGAAAUUCUGUUUACCUCAUUGAAGGUAUUGGCAAUGAUCGUCUAACUUCUUCAAGGGGGGGAAGUAAUCUUGGGUUAUGGCGAGGCCAUGAAGUUAACUCUGAAUUUGUAUGCCUACUUAAUCGGAUCAUGAAUAAGUACCCCGAAACCUUCGAGUCCUUCGCCAUUAAAAACAAGAAGUUUUGUACAGUGAUGCUGAAUAUGUUGUGCACCUCAGUAAAUGACUUUAUCAAAUUCACGAUGACUGAAGUUGAUAGAAAGAUGAUUGCUGAGUACAGGGAUGUAUUUGCUGACCUGAAGAUAUUAGGAUUCGAUGUUAGUUGGCUCGCGGGUCGUCUGAAUUAUAUAGAACAUCUCCAAUUUUCACAUCCCUUACUCACUGAGCUUUAUGCACUUGACGGUCAUCUUAAUGGUGCUAGAAGUAAAUUACAAUAUUUGCAGACUCAUAGUGGUGAUACCGAAAUUAGAUUGCAAGACCUACAAACUCUUCGUGAUGAGAAAAUGCAGGAGAUUGAGAAAGCUUUUGGAACUUUGGGUACAAAACUUGUUGCUGGCUGUAUCGGAGAUGAGUUAUUAUCUACUCCCUAAUCUUCUUGGAAUUAUUUUUCUUUAAGAGUUCUGGAUGCCUUCUUCUCUUGUUUACUCUCUCUGGUCCUUGAGUCUUUAGUACGCAUUAGGUGUCACGGAUAUUGUCUUUGUGUUGAUCUGUCAGCUGUGUUUGGUUUGCUACUGUUUGUCAAGGUGUAGGGUAAGCUUGAAUCAUGUAAGAUGUUGCAUUCCAUAAAAGAAUUUUCUAGCAUAUUAUAUUAUGAGCUGUGCUAUAUAUGCUGUUAUUUUUUAAAUACUUCCUCUGACAUUUCUGCAGUUCUCAUUCUCGCAUGUUUGUGUUCCCCAUCCUAUUAAUUGAUGCAAAGAUACUGACAUGGACAUCGGGAAUCCUGCAUAUUUCUCCAAGCACCACCAUCGUGACAGGUGGUUGUCAGAACAAUUGUAUUACAAAAUUUGUUUGGUCAAUUGGAUUCAAACAAAUUAGGCAAAGUUUGGGAUAUAUAGUGGGUGUUUUGGCCGAACUUUCAAGCCGGAGUUAUAAGUUAGAACCACUUAUUUGUACUGUUUGUGUAAAAAGUCAAGAAAACCUUAUAAAAAGUUAAGAAUAGUAGUUUUUGUUUCA